AUCUUUAGUUUGGUCAGGUAUAAAAGGAAAGGGUUAAACCAGGUAGGCAUGCAGUUCAGGAGCAACAGCGACAGCACAUCCACAGCCAACAUGAGCAACACCGACAUGAACAUGAGGGGCAAGAUCAUCUUUUACGAGGAGAGGAACUUCCAGGGUCGUUCCUAUGAGUGCAUGAGCGACUGCUCUGACAUGAACUCCUACCUGAGCAGGUGCCACUCCUGCAGGGUGGAGAGUGGCUGCUUCAUGGUCUACGACCGUUCCAACUACAUGGGAAACCAGUACUUCAUGAGGAGGGGCGAGUACGCCGACUACAUGAGCAUGAUGGGAAUGAGGGACUGCAUCAGGUCUUGCCGUAUGAUCCCCAUGCACAGAGGCCAGUACAGGAUGAGGAUCUACGAGAGGGAGAACUUCGGUGGUCAGAUGCAUGAGCUGAUGGACGACUGCAACAACAUCAUGGACCGCUACCGUAUGUCCGACUGCAUGUCCUGCAACGUGAUGGACGGCCACUGGCUGAUGUACGAGCAGCCCAACUACAGAGGCAGGAUGAUGUACCUGAGGCCCGGAGAGUACAGGAGCUACAGGGACAUGGGAUUCAGCGGCAUGAGGUUCAUGAGCAUGAGGCGUAUCAUGGACUCUUGCCAUUAAAUGCUCACUGAAUGUAUCAAAUACCACUAAAUAAAAUAAUUGUGGCACUA